CGCCCGGCGCGGAGCGGAGCCCGGCGAGAGCCCGGCGGGGCCGGCCGAGGAUGGGCACGGAGCCCCGGCGGCAGCCGCCCCGCAGGAGAUGAGUUAAAAUGCAGCACACCACGUGCACAGAGGACAGGAUCUACCACGCGCUGGAGAGGUGUCUGCACGGGCUGAGCAGGGACGCUGUGGCCAGCAGAUGGGCUGCCGGGCUGUGCCUGAACUGCUGGAGCCUGCAGGAGCUGGUGAGCCGCGACGCCGGUAACUACCUCAUCCUGGUGGAGAAGAUCCUGGCCAAGACCAAGGAGGUGCAGGAGAGGUGUGACUACGAGCUGGUGACGCCCCUGGCCCUGCUCUUCUACUCGGCCGUGCUCUAUGCUCCUCACCUCCCCCCCGGCUCUGAGCUGCUGCUGAAGGCUGCCAGUGUGUACCACAGCUUCCUGACGUGGCCCGUGCCCUACUGCGACACCGCCCGGGAGCUGCUCACCUUCAUCAGCAACGAGCUCAGGGCGCCAGGGAUCACCUUCCAGAGGCUGGUGAGGACGGAGCAGGGGCUGCCUGUGAAGAACUGCCAGAGCUCCACGGUGACGGUGCUGCUGCUGAACCACUCGGAGGUGCCCAGCGAGUUCCUGUCCAUCGCCCGCAGGCUGAGCUCCAGCGAGCCCCCCCAGCACUCCACGCUGCUGCUGCUCCUCGAGCACCUCUACCAGGCCACCUUCGGCACCCGCUGCGACCUGGCCGCGCUGCACCAGCUGCUCAAGUGCAAGCCCCCGCAGGAGCUCUCGGAGCUCUACGGCAGCGCUGCCGAUGCUCAGGAGGCGGCGGCCGCCAGCCCCGACCCCGCGCUGGCCCGGGAGCGGCUGCAGGCCGUGCUGCGCGACAUCGCCGGGGCCGCCUGCUUCCCUGCCCUCGCAGGCCAGGCCCAGCCCCGCAGGCUGCACCCCUUCCCCAUCCCCCCCGCCCGCUGCUACACCUACAGCUGGGACCAGGACAACUUCGACAUCCUCAACGAUGUCCUCAGCAAGGAGUGCAGCAUUGCUGAGCCCCUGGCCUCGGAGAACGAGGAGGAGGACGAGGAGGAAGAGGAGGAGGAGGAUGUGGAGCCGGACGGCGGCUGCCCCGAGCAGGACUCGCUGCUGGCCCCGCUCUGCGCCAUCCCCGCUGACUCCGUGUACUCCGUGCUGGCCGAGGAGGGCUCCAAGCCCCCGCGCCUGUCCCUCUUCGCCUCCUCCAAGGAGUCCAUCUCGGAGCUGACGGUGGUCUCCAGGAAGUCCCUGAAGUCCUUCGUGUCCAGCCUGAAGGACUGCAUGGACAGCGGCUACGCCGAGGACAGCGACGAGAGCUGCCCGGACGCGGCGGGCCGGCCCGAGCUGCCCAAGCAGCGGCAGUCGCUGACCAACCGGCUCUACAGGCUGCUCAAGAGCAAGGGCCAGCAGCUGGUGCAGCGCCGGGACUGCCCGGGGCCGCGCUCGCCGCCGCUGCGGCGCGCCGAGAGCCUGUGCGCGUCCCCGGCGCCNNCGCGCGUCCCCGCGCGCUCCCGCCGCGCGCUCUCGCUGCCGCAGCACGGCCCCGGCGCGCUCGCCCCCCGCAGCCCCGCGCUGCCCCGCCGCCCCUUCCUCAGCUGCCACGAGGAGGCCAAGGCGGGCACGCUGCGCGUGGUGGUGUUCGGCUCCGACCGCAUCUCGGGCAAGCUGGCCCGCGCCUACAGCCGCCUCAGGCUCCAGGAGAGCUCCUGCCCCUCCCUGACGCGCCACUUCAGGCUCCAGUUCUUCUACGUGCCCGUCAAGAGGAGCUGCGUGGCUCCGUCCACCCCGCAGAUGCUUCAUCAUCAUCAUCAUCACUCCUCGGCGUCCCCGGGAGAGCCCCCGGCCCGGGCACAGGAGCCCUCCCUGGCCGGGACGGAGAGCAGCACCAACGACAUCUCCCACUACCUCGGCCUGCUGGACCCCUGGUACGAGCGCAACGUCCUGGGGCUGAUGAACCUGCCCAUGGGCGUCCUGUGCCAGUGUGCCAAGGCCGAGGCUGAGCCCCAGGAGGACGCCCAGGAGCAGCUGCCCAUCCUGGCAGACAUGAUCCUCUACUACUGCCGCCUGGCCACGCGCCCCGUGCUGCUGCAGCUCUACCAGACCGAGCUCACCUUCAUCGGGGGCGAGAAGAGGACCGAGGUCUUCAUCCACUCCCUGGAGCUGGGGCACUCAGCAGCCACGAGGGCCAUCAAGGCCUCAGGUCCUGGCAGCAAAAGGCUGGGAAUAGAUGGGGACAGGGAAGCCAUCCCACUGACACUACAGAUUGCAUACAGCAAGACUGCUGCCAGUGGCAGGAGUCACUGGAACGACGUGGAGAAGGUCUGCACCUCUGUCAACCUCAGCAAGGCCUGCAGGAGGCACGAGGAGCUCGCCUCGAAGACAGAAUGUCUGAACCUAACCAUGACCGAGGUGGUCAAGAGGCAGAACUCCAAGUCCAAGAAAAGCUUCAAUCAGAUCAGCGUGUCCCAGAUCAAGGUGGACAAGGUGCAGAUCAUCGGGGUCCAGUCCUCCUUCGCCGUGUGCCUGGACCAGGAUGAGCAGAAGAUCCUGCAGAGCGUGACCAGGUGUGAGGUCUCCGUGUGCUACAAGCCCAGGGACUGUGACCCCCUGGCACCGAGGGGGUCCCCCGUGGCUGCCCAGGACCCCUCCGAGUUCCACUCCCUGCUGUGUUUGCCCAUUGCCACCUUCAGUGGGGCACUGCCCUAGAGGAGCCGCGUCCCUCCAGAGCAGGCUCUGCCCACACCAGUCCAGGCUCAGGAGAAGGAAGAGGACACCCAGCCCUGCUGUCCACGAGCUCCUGCACUGGGGGGUCACUGUGCUCAGUGUGGGGGCUGAGCUGCUCCUGCUCCAGGCCCAGCCCCUGCUCAGGAAUGGGAUUUUUGUGCUCUGCUGGCUCUGGGGGCUCCUCAGCUGCUUCCUGGGCAUCUCCUGUGACAUUUGCUGGAGAGGGACCCAGCUCCAAACCCACUGAGUGACACCUGCAAGUGACAGCAGGGUUUGAGAUCUCUUACAAACAUUCCAACCUCCUUCCCCUCUCUGCAAGGCUGUAGGUACAGAAAAGUGCAAUAUUUGGGGAUAUUUAUGGGUAAUCUGACCCUAUGAGCAAAGACUGGAAAAGCCUCGGGCUGUUUCUGGGCGGGUUUUGGGGAUUGUAGCAGUGCUAGCAGCACACGAGCUCAUUGCUGGCUCAAAGGAGCUCCCUCCCAGUGUUCCGUGUUCCCUGCAUGGGUCUGGAAGGGACCCCUGGCACUGCUGGGGGCUGCAGGGUCAGCUGCAGUGGGGUCAGUCCAGGGGGUCCCCUGAUCCUGCAGGAAAAGGACCUGGGAGCUCUUGGCACUGUCCCCAGGCCUGGUGGCACAGCAGCAGUGUCACUUGAGUCUCAGCCUGCCAGGGCGAGGGCAGAGCUCCUGGGGCUCAGGGUCUCUGUGUCUGCUGGAUCCCCCAUCCCUGCUGGGACCCCUCCUGUGCCCCGGCUCUGCUCCCUGCCCUGCUGGACACCUCCUGUCCCACUGGGCCAUUGCUGGGGACGGCUUGCCCUGGGCCCAGGGCUGAGCACGGGGGCCCCAAAGGGUUUUCUCUCUGACUUUGCCUUCCCCAGCAGGUUUGAGGUGUGCUCUCCCCAGUGGGGCUGGGAUUUGGCAGGUGGUUGCUCCUGUUCAGGGUUUUAAACCAGCCCCUGUCCUGUCAGACACUGCUCUUGGGGUCCUGGGAUCCGUGGCCAAAUCCGUGCCAGGACAGAAAUCCCUCUGGGUUCAGCUGGCCCUGCAGCAGUCCUGGAGAGGAGAAUUCCCAUCCCACAGAGAAAACCAAGCCCAGACUCCAGGGACUCAUACUCCUGGUGAAGGUUCUGGCCUCUGAUGCUUUCUGGAAAUGAGAGAAUUCCAGGGUUCUUUGGGGUGGGUUUUGUACGUUUGUGUAGCCUCAGUAAAUCUGUGUAAAGUCUGUGCUGAUCUGUAAAAUACUGUGCAGAGGACUUUUAAAGUAAUUGUAAAAUAUUAAAUGUUGAU